AUGGAUCUCAAUGGAGGGGUUGAGGAUCUCAAGGCAAGGCUAGACCCCAAAGACAUCUGGUUUCUCUACCAGGGGCAGAAGGGGGUUGGCGUGGGGGUGGAGGCGGGUGGAGAAGGGGGAGGUUCUGCUGCUGUUUUCUUCCAUGACAAAGGUGAGGACUUGCAGAGUCUCUACAUUGAGUCUGGAAAUGUUGAGUCACUCUUCUUAACGCGCACACAUAGUGGACAAAACAUUAAGAACACCUGCUCUUUCCAUGACAGACUGACCAGGUGAAUCCAGGUGAAAGCUAUGAUCCCGUAUUGAUGUCACCUGUUAAAUCCACUUCAAUCAGUGUAGAUGAAGGGGAGGAGACAGGUUAAAGAAGGAAUUUUAAGCCGUGAGACAAUUGAGACAUGGAUUGUGUAUGUGCCAUUCAGAGGGUGGGCCAGAUAGACGCUUUCGACACCUUGUAGAGUCCAUGCCCUGACGAACUGAAGCUGUUCUGAGGGCAAAAGGGUGUACACCUUCCUAAUAUUGAGUUGCAUCCCCCCCUUUCGCCCUCAGAAAAGUCUGAAUUUGUCGGGGCAUGGACUCUACAAGGUGUCGAAAGUGUUCCACAGGGAUACUGGCCCAUGUUGAUUCCAAUGCUUCCCACAGUUGUGUCAAGUUGGCUGGAUGUCCUUUGGGUGGUGGACCAUUCUUGAUACAAAUGGGAAACGGAUGUGGGAUAUGAAUGUGGGUACGCAGACCCACUGCGGCCCCUCAUGAUGAGUUCCACUCCAUCAGAGUUGCCCAUCCCUGGUCUAUGUCAUGGAAAAAGCACCUCGAUGCACGCACACACACACUGAGGCUGAGGAUAGUGUGUGUUUAUGUGUGUUUGUAACUUGAGUGGCUGAUGAUGGAAACCAGACUGCAAACCACUUCUACACAUUAGCGUGUGUGUGUACGCAUAUGCGUGUGUGUGUGUGUGUGUACGUACAUGAGUGAGUGUGUGUGUGUAUGUACGUGUGUGUGCGUGCGUGCGUACGUACAUACGUGUGCGUGUGCCUGUAAGAACACCUCGACUACAAAACAUCUCUGUCAUGCACCUAUUGACCCUGUCCCUCCCCUCUCUCUCCCCCUUCCUCACCCCACUCUCUCCCCCUCCCUCCCCCUCUCUCCCCCUCCCUCCCCCUCUCUCUCUCCCCCUGCCCCUUCUCUCUCCCCCUUUCCCCCCUCUCUCUCCCCCUUCCCCCUCUCUCUCCCCUCCCUCCCCUCUCUCUCUCCCCCUCCUCAGACAGUGGAGAGAAGAAGUCCCCUGCCAUGCCCGGCUCUCCUGUGGAUGUCAAGACUCAUUCCAGACCAGUCCCCAGACCAGUCCCCACCAAUAGCAGCAGCAGCGCCACCAUGCCGCCCCUGCCCUCCGUCAACCCCAGCGGACCCCGGCCAGCAUCCUUCUCCUCCACCACUCGUGAGUACCACAGAUAUUGGCACUCUUACCAUAGAAAUAGAAUGACUGGAACAGUCAUCCCCAUUCAAGUCAAUGAGGCCCUGAUGGGUGGACCGGCGACCAGGAAGUACAGCAGGAAGUGUACCCAUAAACCAGGAAGUGAAGAAGAAAGUACAGGAUUCAAUUUGUGCUUCAUUGACAGUCAACUUCAGUGACGUUAUGUCUCCUACCACAACUAGCUCCCCAUAGAGGAGCAGUGUGGUAAACGAUAGAUUCAUUUGGGCAGUGUGUAUUCUGAUAUAUCCAAACGGCUUCCUUUCUUUGUCUGCUUUACUUUAUGGUCAUAUAUCAAUCUAAUAUUUUUAUAAAGCCCCUUUGUUAUCACAAAGGCCUGUACAGUAACCCGGCCUAGAUCAGAUAGGUGUAAAUAAGGAUACCAUAUGAAAGAUCUGGUGAUUCUAUUAUGAAUGUGAUAUGUAUUGUCCCUCUGUAGCGUUUCCAGUCGAAGAACUACCUCCCACGUCGGACCGCAUUUGAUAAACCUUUUUGACGUCAUACGCCGACCUCUCAUUCGCUCCUCUCCCUCCCCAUCCCGCCUCUUCCCUCCUUCCAGUGACCAAUGGUAUCCACCACUCCCCACCCACCUUAAACGCUGUGCCCUCGCCGCCCCAGCGCUACAGCAAUGGGCCUAGCUCCUCCUCUUCCUCCUCGCUGGCCAAUCAGCAGCUCCCGGCCACGUGCGGCGCCCGGCAGCUCAGCAAGCUCAAACGCUUCCUGACGACGCUGCAGCAGUUCGGCAACGACAUCUCGCCCGAGAUCGGAGAGAGCGUCCGCAACCUGGUGCUGGCCCUCGUGGUGAGUGGUUGAUAAAACGUUUUCGGACGCUAUAUGGAAACGCCCGUAAAACAUUGUCACUUAGCAUUAUUCUGUAUUGAUAUGUCGACGUGUGGCAUUUGAUUUGAGAUGCGAUUCGAGGUUUGAAAUUAGUUUAACUGAAUUUAAUCAAAUCGAAUUGAAGUGAUAUAUGUAGAAUGAAAUAUUUAAACAUAUAUAUGUUGCUUUCAAUACCAUUACAAAUAUAUGCCAAAAAUUGAAAAGACGGUAUGUGUUAUUUAUGUUAGGCUGUAUUUUAUUUCGUCAGAUGUUUUCAUUCAAAGGAACAUGGGCAUAUAUUCAGUGUACGUGGCCCAAAUGGACCCACAGUAUUGGUUUUGACAGGCCCCAUCUGCAACAUAUUGAGUCCUGUGCUCCAGAUAAUACCUAUCUACGUAUCAUCUGUUGCACAUCUUUCAUCCAUGAACAGGUUGAUUGACAGUUGAAAGGGAAACUGACUUUUGGUGCCAUAUAGUUAUUUCUCUGGUGAUUAAAGUCUAUCCUCAUGUCUGAGAGCAUCUAUUUUGACUGAUCGACAAAUGGACUCAGUGUGGCAGCUGCCGACUGCAAUGUAGUUGAUCUGGAACACGCACAAUGUCAAGCUCAGUGUUGGAGACAAAUAAAUUGAACCUUGAGAGGUGAACUGUGAUUGGCUGAUCUCUCCUCUGUGUGUCCCAGAAUUCAACGGUCACCAUCGAGGAGUUCCACUCGCGGCUCCAAGAGGCCACCAACUUUCCCCUGAGGCCCUUCGUCAUUCCCUUCCUCAAGGUAACACCUACCUCCUCUCGCCCGCUCUCUCUCUCUCUCUCUCUCUCUCUCUCUCUCUCUCUCUCUCUCUCUCUCUCUCUCCCCCCUUCUCUCUCUUCCCCCCCCCCCAUCUAUCUUUCCUUCUCUCCCUGUGCUGUGAAUAUUCAUAACUGAAUCCAGGCCUGUGCUGCUACAGUGUUCCUCUUUGUCCUCCUCACAAGGCCUUUGAUGUUCGGAGGAGGUUUACAAUGACUCAAGGACUGCGUAUAAUUAGUCAUGAAAUCAGGAGUGGAAAAACCAGAUGUUUGUAUUGAAGGUAACAGCUAGUGUGCAUCCCAAAUGGCACCCUACUCACUAUAGAGUGCACUACUUUUGACCGGGCCUCUAUGGGCUCUUGUCAAAGUAGUGCACUAUAUAGGGGAUAGGCUGCCAUUUAAGACAGAGCCCCAAUUCCUUUCAUGAAGCGUAGAGGAGCUUCUGGCACAGAGGAUUAUAAUUACAAUUCUCUCAGAAAUCUUUGGACGUCAUUGUCUAGUAUUUAAUAAAGUAAUCAUAACGCAAAUAUGCAAACAAAUAAUGAGAAACUGCAAGUAGAUGGUAGCAUAAUUAGAAUGGAAAAAAUUAAAUAAUUUGCAUUGAAUAUGUAACGGCAAGACGUUUGUCAUACAAAAAGGAAAUUGGGAUUUAAUUUAAUUUAUUGCCUUUCAGUCGUUCCCAAGUAACAAUGAAGUUGUAUGCGUUGACUUAACAAGCUACAUGGGUUGCGCAAGUUUUAUUGGGCUUUUGAGUAACUUUGCAACAUGGGGGCCUGAAAUAGUAGUCUUUUUAAGAGCUACCCUCAUGAGACCUGUACAUAAAUCUUCCAACCAGGCACAUUUCUCGCUGUUAUUGCUCGGUUUUUCAGACGGUGAAAAUCAGCUCUUUUUCCACGGGUUAGCGCUCCCUCAUCUUUCAGAACCCCGACUGUCUGAAAACAUAUCAGAGAUGAAUUUUCUUAAUUUACGAGGCUCCCCAACUUCUCCUCCUCCUCGAGCUCUCUCCCUCCCUCCUUAUCACCGUGGUGGCGGAUACCUUGGAAAGAAAGAGAGAGAGCUCGGAAGUGUGAAACAUGACUAUAAACUAUUCUCUUCUUUUAUGGGGCUCAGCAGCGCACCAUAUGGACUCUGUAUCGCAUUAAAAGAAGGCAGUCAUUCAGGUUUGCCCAGCGUUGAAAAUCUCACAUCCGUCCAGCAGAAAAAGAGACCGGCGCUUAACUGACAGACAACAUAUGUGUCGAGAGGCCCUAGGAAGGCGGUGAGAGGCGGGUAAGGAGGGGGGUAAGGGUCUUAAGUGGAGAACGGGGGAAUGAGGAAGUGCAUGUAAUUAUAAGCACACUCGGGCCUGUUGCUAAUUAAGGAUGGAAAGAGAGAGAGUAGCGAAAUAGAGAGAACGCACUGAAGUCUGAGACUUCCCAGUUCCCAGUUGUUUUGAACGCACUGAAGUCUGAGAUUUCCCAGUUCCCAGUUGUUUUGAACGCACUGAAGUCGGAGAUUUCCAAGUUCCCAGUUGUUUUGAACGCACUGAAGUCGGAGAUUUCCAAGUUCCCAGUUGUUUUGAACGCGGCAUCAAACGGCAACAUUUUUAAAACAUAGAAUUAAUUGUUUGAAACCUGAACGUUUUAAUACAUAUUAUGAGGCAUGUCUUACCUUGCUUCAAAGUAGCAUAUUAGAUCUCCUCUCUUUCUACAUUUCUAACGGAUAUUUUCAUCUCUGUCACAUGAAACCGCUCGCAUGUGCAGUGCCCUUUUGACAACAGUGUUUUCCCGCUAAUUGCAUUAUGGAACAAACAUUCGCGCAUAGCCUACUGCCUUGUGUGCAUUGCUGCGCUUGUAAUGUGAAGAAAUAAUAGUUUAUCAACAUUUUAAGCUAAACGUUCUGAUCUGUUGCAUCAGACUUAGGGCUGUUGCGGUGACCGUAUUACCGCCACACCAGGGUCACGAGUCAUGAAGGCAGUAAAAUUCCACGUGACCGUUUAGUCAAGGUAACUAGGCUUCUCCAAGCUCUGAUGCUGCUGCUGGUCAUUAGUAGCCUACCAAACUUGCUAACUGCCUGGUACUCAGCACUCUAUUGUCCCUCUAAUCACUCUGACAUCAAUGCAAAUGUUUUCGAAAAUCUAAUCAAACACUUCAUGAGAGCCCAUGAGCUCAUGUUGCGGAACAUUUCUAUAAGCUAUGCAAUUGCGUGAGAAAACAGAGUUUUGAUGGCCUCUAUUAAAAAGAGAAUCAGCUUUCUAUAGGCUUACUAUAUUUAUUUCUCAACUUUCCUAAUAUUAAGCACAUUGCUUAUCUUUACAACAGGAGUAUAGCCUACGUGGCUGGCAUGAAAAUAAACCACGGGAAAAGCAUCCUCCAUUCGCUAUUUAAGUGCAUAGAUUACGUAUUUUUUCCCGCUGCCCCUGUUUGGAGACAGGCGCAUGAUAAUGGUCCAUUUUAAAUCAAAACAAAUUUCACACAUAUUAUUUAGUAUAUAUAAAGACAAGAUUAAAUCAAGAAUAGUCUGAUGGGUGACAAUAUUUUUUGUGACUUUUUCGAAUCAUAGUCGCCUUUACAAGGGGUGUAGAGCCUAACUGGCAUACAUAAGCAGCGCAUGAGUUUCAAGUUUGGGGAAGAUCAUUUUCACCAUAAAAAUGCACCUUUAUAAUAAAAGCAUUACAUGCAUAAUCGUAUUUGCGGUUACUUUUGAUAAUGGUGUUUUCCCGCUAAUGGAAUAUUUGCGCUUAUAGCCUACUGCCGUGUGCGCAUUGCUUGCAUUUAUAAUGUGAAGAAAUAGCCUAAUAGGUUAUCAACAUUUUAAGCUAAACAUUCUGAUCUGUUGUGUCAGCCACAUUGCGUAAAAAAAGUUUUGGGAUGCCAGUGGUUGUAUUAAUUUGGGAUCUUUCAUAUCCCCAACUGUCCCAGACUAAGUUUGGAAUAUGCAUUUCUCGCACAGAAUAGAAUAGGUCAACUUUUGUACAAUGGGGGAUAGUAGAUUGACAUAGGCUAGUGCUUUUGAUGUUCAUUAGGCCUACUCAUCUUGUUGGCUGACGAAAAGUAAAUGUGGGCAUUUCAUCCAAUAUCUUCAAUAUGCACCUCAGAAUACCCGAUGUGUCUGUCUUCACUUGUAGCCUGUGAGAAAGACCCGAUCACGUGAUGGAGAGCUACGUGAUUGAGAGGUGCUUCGGAGCGCGCAGCACUCAGGGAGAAGGGCACAACGCAGCACUCCGGGCCAAGGGCACAACGGCCACUGGCGGCAAAAGGCAUGGAUUUUUUUAGGGUGCAUUACGGCCACACAAAGGGGAUGCCACCGUGAAAUUCGAGGCAUUAUCAAGUCAAAUUGUGAAUGAGAGACUGAUGAAGUGUGUACAGCCUGCACAAAAAACAAAGCGGAGCUCAUGCCUUUCAAGCGACUUUUUUCAAAUCAUCAUUAGAGUCGCAUCAUGCAGCCUUACAAUGUAUUAAAAAUCAAAACAUAUAGCCCAACGUUUGUAGAACAACUAAAGUUACAUGAAUAACUCUAAAUUAAGCAUAUAGGAGUACCUAUUUAUUUGUUAACUGCUCAACACAGAAUAGCCGAAUGCACUCCCUCAAAUCAUUUGGAGAAAAUAUCCUUUCUAUUUUAUUCAGCUUUGUUCAAUUAUAUUCUUCAACUAGUGUAGCCCACAGCCAUUUGGCAAAGCCAAAUCAGGACCUAACAAAAGGACAACUCAGAAUAUGAUAUUCUGUUCUUCUGAAAUAGACUACAUUUUCUUCAUAUCAUGCUUCUUUAGACCUGUCUAAAAUAGAUAAUGGAUUUAUUGUGAUGGUGUAGGCUAAAUUACAUGGAUUUAUUAGACUUUUUAAAAGGUCUGCAUCAGUGGCUUGUAGGCUAUGUGUGGAAGCCAGGAGAUGCUAAAUGUGUUUAUGUUAAUUAACGGUCAAUCACCGUUAGACCGACAGUUAUUUGCUUGACAAUCACCGGCUGAUGAUAUUUCGUGACCGCCACAGUCCUAAUCAGACUUAUUGCUUUUUAACGUUUGUUUUUGGGGGUUGUGAUUGUGGUUUGGGGUUGUGGUUGGGGGUUGUGAUUGUGAUUGUGGUUUGAGGUUGUGGUUUGGGGUUGUGAUUGUGGUUUGGGGUUGUGGUUUGGGGUUGUGAUUGUGGUUUGGGGUUGUGAUUGUGAUUGUGGUUUGGGGUUGUGGUUGGGGGUUGUGAUUGUGAUUGUGGUUUGGGGUUGUGGUUGGGGGUUGUGAUUGUGGUUUUGGGUUGUGGUUGGGGUUGUGGCUUUGGUUGUUGUGGUUUGGUUUUGUGGUUGUGUUUUUGGUGUUGUGUGUUUGGGUUUGUGGUUGUGUUGUUGUGGUUUGUGUUUUGUGUUGUUUUUGUUGGUUUGUGUUGUGGUUUGGGGUUGUGGUUGGGGUUGUGGCUUUGGUUUGUGGUUUGUGGUUGGGGUGGUUGUCCCUCUCUACAUAGUGAUGAGUGAUGGACUAUGUUUUUGGGUUUUUCAGUGAUUUAGUGAAAGGCGGGCUGCAGAAACAGUUAGGGUGCAGAAACAGGCUGCAGAAACAGUUAGGGUGCAGAAACAGGCUGCAGAAACAGGCUGCAGAAACAGGCUGCAGAAACGGUUAGGGUGCAGAAACAGUUAGGGUGCAGAAACAGUUAGGGUGUAGAAACAGUUAGGGUGCAGAAACAGUUAGGGUGCAGAAACAGUUAGGGUGCAUAAACAGUUAGGGUGUAGAAACAGUUAGGGUGCAGAAACAGUUAGGGUGCAGAAACAGUUAGGGUGUAGAAACAGUUAGGGUGCAGAAACAGUUAGGGUGCAGAAACAGUUAGGGUGCAGAAACAGUUAGGGUGCAGAAACAGUUAGGGUGCAGAAACAGUUAGGGUGCAGAAACAGUUAAGCUGCAGAAAAAGUUAGGCUGCAGAAACAGUUAGGGUGCAGAAACAGUUAGGCUGCAGAAACCGUUAGGCUGCAGAAACAGUUAGGGUGAAGAAACAGUUAGGGUGCAGAAACAGUUAGGGUGCAGAAACAGUUAGGGUGCAGAAACAGUUAGGGUGAAGAAACAGUUAGGGUGCAGAAACAGUUAAGCUGCAGAAACAGUUAGGCUGCAGAAACAGUUAGGGUGAAGAAACAGUUAGGGUGUAGAAACAGUUAGGGUGCAGAAAAAGUUAGGCUGCAGAAACAGUUAGGGUGCAGAAACAGUUAGGGUGCAGAAACAGUAAGGGUGCAGAAACAGUUAGGGUGCAGAAACAGUUAGGGUGUAGAAACAGUUAAGCUGCAGAAACAGUUAGGCUGCAGAAACAGUUAGGCUGCAGAAACAGUUAGGGUGUAGAAACAGUUAAGCUGCAGAAACAGUUAAGCUGCAGAAACAGUUAGGGUGCAGAAACAGUUAGGGUGUAGAAACAGUUAGGGUGCAGAAACAGUUAGGCUGCAGAAACAGUUAGGGUGCAGAAACAGUUAGGGUGCAGAAACAGUUAGGGUGUAGAAACAGUUAGGGUGCAGAAACAGUUAGGGUGCAGAAACAGUUAGGGUGCAGAAACAGUUAGGGUGUAGAAACAGUUAGGGUGCAGAAACAGUUAGGGUGCAGAAACAGUUAGGGUGUAGAAACAGUUAGGGUGUAGAAACAGUUAGGGUGCAGAAACAGUUAGGGUGCAGAAACAGUUAGGGUGCAGAAACAGUUAGGGUGCUAACGCUUAGCAGGCAGACUGACCCCCGUGGGGAGGGAGAGAGGGUGUGUGUGUGUGCGAGUGUGGGGGAAUGUGUUUGUGCGUGUGUGUGUGUGUGUGUGUGUGUGAGUCUCUGGCCUCCAGGCGCCUCUCUCAGGGAGAGAUCUGUUGUAUGUCUCUCUCCCUCUGGGCCUCCUCAGUGACACGUCUCUGUCUAGUGUCUCCGCCGUGUCGCCAUGCCGUUUCCGUGACGUCUUGCGAUAUGUAAAUAAGUUGUGGACGCGUUUCAGAAUUUUCACGUGAAAACAUCACAUUAUGAUAUUUUGUGGGCAUGUCAGUUGGAUUUAAUAGGACCUUUACUUUGCAUUUGCACAAGAUCAGAUCAGCAUAUUGCAUUUUUGUUUCCGUGGUGUCAUUGACACCCGUGAUAGCUGUAGUUUCUCUCGCUCUAUGUCUGUCUGUCUGUCUGUCUGUCUCUCUCUCUGCCUUUCUCUCUCUCUCUCUCUCUCUCUCUCUCUCUCUCUCUCGCUCUCUCUCUCUCCUCUCUCUCUCUCUCUCUCUCUGUCUCUGUCUUCUGUCUGUCUGUCUGUCUGUCUGUCUGUCUGUCUGUCUGUCUGUCUCUCUCUCUCUCUGUCUGUCUGUCUGUUUGUUUCUGCCUCUCUCUCUCUCUCUCUGUCUGUCUGUCUCUCUCUCUCUCUGUCUCUGUCUGUCUGUCUGUCUGUCUGUCUCUGCCUUUCUCUAUGUCUGUCUGUCUGUCUGUCUGUCUGUCUUGCGCUCUCUUUUGGCUGUGUGUUCAUGCAACACUCUGUUUUAAAUUACACUCACCUCCCCCUCUCCUCCCCUCUCCUCCCCCUCUCCUCCCCCUCUCUCCCCCUCUCUCUUCCCCUCCCCAGGCCAACCUGCCCCUGCUGCAGAGGGAGUUGCUCCACUGUGCGCGUGCGGCCAAGCAGACCCCGGCCCAGUACCUAUCCCAACACGAGCACCUCCUGCUGAGCACCACGCUGGCCGCGCCCCCCGACUCCUCGGAACUGCUGCUGGAGCCCAGUGAGAGAGAGAGAAACACCACUGCUAAGAGACACAGUCCUAACAGGUAGAUACGUUCAGUAGAGAUACAAACAGACAGUUAAGAGAGACAGUCCUAACAGGUAGAUACGUUCAGACAGUUAAGAGACAGUCCUAACAGGUAGAUACGUUCAGUAGAGAUACAAACAGACAGUUAAGAGAGACAGUCCUAACAGGUAGCUAUGUUCAGACAGUUAAGAGACAGUCCUAUCAGGUAGCUACGUUCAGACAGUUAAGAGACAGUCCUAACAGGUAGAUAUGUUCAGACAGUUAAGAGACAGUCCUAACAGGUUGAUACGUUCAGUAGAGAUACAAACAGACAGUUAAGAGACAGUCCUAACAGGUAGAUACGUUCAGUAGAGAUACAAACAGACAGUUAAGAGACAGUCCUAACAGGUAGAUACGUUCAGUAGAGAUACAAACAGACAGUUAAGAGACAGUCCUAACAGGUAGAUACGUUCAGACAGUUAAGAGACAGUCCUAACAGUUAGAUACGUUCAGUAGAGAUACAAACAGACAGUUAAGAGACAGUCCUAACAGGUAGAUACGUUCAGUAGAGAUACAAACAGACAGUUAAGAGACAGUCCUAACAGGUAGAUACGUUCAGUAGAGAUACAAACAGACAGUUAAGAGACAGUCCUAACAGGUAGAUACGUUCAGACAGUUAAGAGACAGUCUUAACAGGUAGAUACGUUCAGUAGAGAUACAAACAGACAGUUAAGAGACAGUCCUAACAGGUAGAUACGUUCAGUAGAGAUACAAGCAGACAGUUAAGAGACAGUCCUAACAGGUAGAUACGUUCAGUAGAGAUACAAACAGACAGUUAAGAGACAGUCCUAACAGGUAGAUACGUUCAGUAGAGAUACAAACAGACAGUUAAGAGACAGUCCUAACAGGUAGAUACGUUCAGACAGUUAAGAGACAGUCCUAACAGGUAGAUACGUUCAGUAGAGAUACAAACAGACAGUUAAGAGACAGUCCUAACAGGUAGAUAUGUUCAGUAGAGAUACACACAGACAGUUAAGAGACAGUCCUAACAGGUAGCUAUGUUCAGACGGUUAAGAGACAGUCCUAACAGGCAGAUACGUUCAGACAGUUAAGAGACAGUCCUAACAGGUAGCUACGUUCAGACAGUUAAGAGAGAGUCCUAACAGGUAGCUAUGUUCAGACAGUUAAGGGACAGUCCUAACAGGUAGCUACAUUCAGACAGUUAAGAGACAGUCCUAACAGGUAAGAGACAGUCCUAACAGGUAGCUAUGUUCAGACAGUUAAGAGACAGUCCUAACAGGUAGCUACGUUCAGACAGUUAAGAGACAGUCCUAACAGGUAGCUAUGUUCAGACAGUUAAGAGACAGUCCUAACAGGUAAGAGACAGUCCUAUCAGGUAGCUAUGUUCAGACAGUUAAGAGACAGUCCUAACAGGUAGCUAUGUUCAGACAGUUAAGAGACAGUCCUAACAGGUAGAUACGUUCAGUAGAGAUACAAACAGACAGUUAAGAGACAGUCCUAACAGGUAGAUACGUUCAGUAGAGAUACAAACAGACAGUUAAGAGACAGUCCUAACAGGUAGAUACGUUCAGUAGAGAUACAAACAGACAGUUAAGAGACAGUCCUAACAGGUAGAUACGUUCAGUAGAGAUACAAACAGACAGUUAAGAGACAGUCCUAACAGGUAGAUACGUUCAGUAGAGAUACAAACAGACAGUUAAGAGACAGUCCUAACAGGUAGCUACGUUCAGACAGUUAAGAGACAGUCCUAACAGGUAGCUAUGUUCAGACAGUUAAGAGACAGUCCUAACAGGUAGCUAUGUUCAGACAGUUAAGAGACAGUCCUAACAGGUAGCUACGUUCAGACAGUUAAGAGACAGUCCUAAUAGGUAAGAGACAGUCCUAACAGGUAGCUAUGUUCAGACAGUUAAGAGACAGUCCUAACAGGUAGCUACAUUCAGACAGUUAAGAGACAGUCCUAACAGGUAGCUAUGUUCAGACAGUUAAGAGACAGUCCUAACAGGUAGCUACGUUCAGACAGUUAAGAGACAGUCCUAACAGGUAAGAGACAGUCCUAACAGGUAGCUAUGUUCAGACAGUUAAGAGACAGUCCUAACAGGUAGCUACGUUCAGACAGUUAAGAGACAGUCCUAACAGGUAGCUACGUUCAGACAGUUAAGAGACAGUCCUAACAGGUAGAUAUGUUCAGACAGUUAAGAGACAGUCCUAACAGGUAGCUACGUUGAGACAGUACUAACAGGUAGAUACGUUCAGACAGUUAAGAGACAGUCUUAACAGGUAGCUACGUUCAGACAGUUAAGAGACAGUCCUAACAGGCAGAUACGUUCAGACAGUUAAGAGACAUUCCUAACAGGUAGCUACGUUGAGACAGUACUAACAGGUAGAUACGUUCAGACAGUUAAGAGACAGUCCUAACAGGUAGCUAUGUUCAGACAGUUAAGAGACAGUCCUAACAGGUAAGAGACAGUCCUAACAGGUAGCUAUGUUCAGACAGUUAAGAGACAGUCCUAACAGGUAAGAGACAGUCCUAACAGGUAAGAGACAGUCCUAACAGGUAGCUACGUUCAGACAGUUAAGAGACAGUCCUAACAGGUAGCUAUGUUCAGACAGUUAAGAGACAGUCCUAACAGGUAGCUAUGUUCAGACAGUUAAGAGACAGUCCUAACAGGUAGCUACGUUCAGACAGUUAAGAGACAGUCCUAAUAGGUAAGAGACAGUCCUAACAGGUAGCUAUGUUCAGACAGUUAAGAGACAGUCCUAACAGGUAGCUACGUUCAGACAGUUAAGAGACAGUCCUAACAGGUAGCUAUGUUCAGACAGUUAAGAGACAGUCCUAACAGGUAGCUACGUUCAGACAGUUAAGAGACAGUCCUAACAGGUAAGAGACAGUCCUAACAGGUAGCUAUGUUCAGACAGUUAAGAGACAGUCCUAACAGGUAGCUACGUUCAGACAGUUAAGAGACAGUCCUAACAGGUAGCUACGUUCAGACAGUUAAGAGACAGUCCUAACAGGUAGAUAUGUUCAGACAGUUAAGAGACAGUCCUAACAGGUAGCUACGUUGAGACAGUACUAACAGGUAGAUACGUUCAGACAGUUAAGAGACAGUCUUAACAGGUAGCUACGUUCAGACAGUUAAGAGACAGUCCUAACAGGCAGAUACGUUCAGACAGUUAAGAGACAUUCCUAACAGGUAGCUACGUUGAGACAGUACUAACAGGUAGAUACGUUCAGACAGUUAAGAGACAGUCCUAACAGGUAGCUAUGUUCAGACAGUUAAGAGACAGUCCUAACAGGUAGCUAUGUUUAUACAGUUAAGAGACAGUCCUAACAGGUAAGAGACAGUCCUAACAGGUAGCUAUGUUCAGACAGUUAAGAGACAGUCCUAACAGGUAAGAGACAGUCCUAACAGGUAAGAGACAGUCCUAACAGGUAGCUACGUUCAGACAGUUAAGAGACAGUCCUAACAGGUAGCUACGUUCAGACAGUUAAGAGACAGUCCUAACAGGUAGCUAUGUUCAGACAGUUAAGAGACAGUCCUCUCCUCGGGGACCCCCAGACAAUUCACAACUGACAGAGACGUACACAUACACAACUGCCAAAAUACGCCAAUGCACUCAUCUACUCACUCCCACUCUCACACCAUCCCUCACCCUGUCCUCUUCUCUCUCAUCUCUCACCCUGUCCUCUCUUCUCUCAUCUCUCACCCUGUCCUCUCCUCUCUCAUCUCUCACCCUGUCCUCUCCUCUCUCAUCUCUCACCCUGUCCUCUCCUCUCUCAUCUCUCACCCUGUCCUCUCCUCUCUCAUCUCUCACCCUGUCCUCUCUUCUCCUCUCUCAUCUCUCACCCUGUCCUCUCCUCUCUCAUCUCUCACCCUGUCCUCUCCUCUCUCAUCUCUCACCCUGUCCUCUCCUCUCUCAUCUCUCACCCUGUCCUCUCCUCUCUCAUCUCUCACCCUGUCUCUCCUCUCUCAUCUCUCACCCUGUCCUCUCUUCUCCUCUCUCAUCUCUCACCCUGUCCUCUCCUCUCUCAUCUCUCACCCUGUCCUCUCCUCUCUCAUCUCUCACCCUGUCCUCUCCUCUCCUCUCUCAUCUCUCUCUCCUGCAGGGGCAAAGAGAACGGCUUCCACGAGCGCCCCCUGCCCCCCUGGAGCCCCCGGCUAAGCGCAUCUGCACCAUCAGCCCGGCGCCCCGCCACAGCCCGGCCAACCCCCUGCCCCUCAGCGCUCAGCUGCACCCCACGCCGCCCCCUCUGCAGCACUACGCCCUCGAGGACAUCAGCGCCCCCCAUCUCCUGAACAGGGAGAGCAGCCACCGGAUACUGGAGCUCCGCGAGCUCAAGGACAGGCCUAGACUACCUGGUAAAUACUUCAUACAGACACAGAUACAUACGGUACAUCGUUUUUUUAUUACAUUUUGUUAUUUACAUUUUAUUUUAACAGGGAAAUCCUAUUGAGACCAAGUGAGCCCUGCACACAAUCAUACAAAUUCACAAUAUUUACAAUUCCAAUGCAAUAAAAACAAUAUUUACAAGCAGUUUAAGAAAGAGAAAGAGAGCGAGACCUACUGCACAGUUAAAGUUACAAUAUACUGGAGCUACGGGGGCUAGCUACCUAGUGGUAUACAGGAACACACACCACACACACACACACACACACACACACACACACACAUAUACACAUUCACACACACACACACACACACACACCACACACACCAACACACACACACACAUACACAUACACAUUCACACACACACACACACACCACACACAUACACACACACACACACACACACACAUUCACACACACACACACACACACACACACACACACACACACACACACAUAUACACAUUCACACACACACCACACACACACACACACACACACAUACACACACACACACACACAUAUAUACACAUUCACACACACACACACACACACACACACACACACACACACACACACACACACACACACAUACACACAUACACAUACACACAUACACACAUACAAAAUAAAUACAACCCAGAUGCAUAUUCAAACUCACAAGGGUUUAGCCCUACAUGAACAGAUAUAGCUGGGCUCCUUCAUUCUCUCACAUUCAACCCUCUGCUGUUUUCCAUAACAGAUAACCAACCAACACUGAGGUUCCCUCAUAAAACAGAACUCUCUCACCAACCAACACUGAGGUUCCCUUAUAAAACAGAACUCUCUCACCAACCAACACUGAAGUUCCCUCAUAAAACAGAACUCUCUCACCAACCAACACUGAGGUUCCCUCAUAAAACAGAACUCUUUCACCAACCAACACUGAGGGUCCCUCAUAAAACAGAACUCUCUCACCAACCAACAGUGAGGUUCCCUCAUAAAACAGAACUCUCUCUCUCACUCCCAUACAAACAGCCUAUAGUACGGUGGAUAUGAAUGCUGCUAAUGGGUGGUCUCUGUGCGUGUGUGUGGACAUGCACAGCUAAGUGUGUAGAAGCUCUCAGAAGACCAUAAAUCCAUGGGACCACAUGUGCUUAGACAGUGUGCCCAACUACCCAGGAUGUAGAGUACCUUUGAGUCUCUGUGGAGAGAGAGGAUUGUAUCUAGUUCAUUGUAGAUCUGCGUGCCAUCUGGUCCUUGUCAAUGGCCAGAUGGCACGCACAUCUACACACAAGGUAGCUGCACACACAUACACGCACGCACACACACAUAAACACAGAGGCAAACACGCAUGCAUGCAUGCACACACACACAAACACUAUCCAUCCCCCCACCACAGUGCCCUAAGGAAACGACAGUAGUGUUGAAGCCGAAGCAAGGAAGAGAGUCAAAAAAUCAAUCAUAAGGAAUAAGGUUUUGAUGUGUCUGUCCUUUAUCUAGGAGAUAUAAGAAAGAUCAGGAAAUAUUUUUUUGGAAACAUAUUUAAACCCUUAUUUUUGUUGGCACAUAACUACCUCCAUACUUCCAUUAUUUUGUAUGGGUUACCUUCAGAUGAAAUAAACAGAGAACACCAUCAUGUUCAUGAGAGUCUCUCCUUUCCAUAGAGUGGUCAUAUGCCCCGCGGACAUAACCGCCAGGUUAUUGGCACUUCAAAAUUAAUGACAUAUUUCUUCAGUUACCUUAGAUUCAUUCUGACUAUUUUGAGGAACUGUAUACUGGCUACAGUGUCUCAAGAUGGACAAACAGUACUAUUGCCGCUCUUUUCUUGUUUUUCAAGCAACGGUCUUUUAAGGGAGUAUGCGAGCACACUCGUUCGGCUAGCCGUACCGAAGCAUGUGGAAGGCUUGAGUGUGUGUGUGUGUGUGUGUGUAUCUGUCUUUUUAGGUUGUGUAUGUGUGUAUUUGUCUCUGCGUGUGCGUGUUUGCGUGUGUGCCCCCCCACACCCAGCUUCUCCAAACCAGAGCGGGUGUCAGCUCUACUUAGCCAGGGGGCGGCUGUGUUUAGAAGUGGCCCUGCUCCACUCAGCCUGAGCGGCUCCCCGCUGGAAUGCUGCUUGCUCCAGACCAGGGGGAGGGGAGCAGGGCCAACUCCUCCCCGACAGUUACCCAGCCAGGGGAUCCCAAUGGGGGGCAGAGAUGAGGGAUAAGGAGGAGAGGGGGGUGGUGGUGGUGGUUUUACACUGACAGCUGACCUCCAGAUGUGGGGGCGUCUCAGCGCUGCUGCAUGCUGUGGCUGGGCCGGAGUCUGGUUCUCAUCAAAAGGCCCUUCUCUCUCUCUCUCUCUCUCUCUCUCUCUCUCUCUCUCUCUCUCUCUCUCUCUAGCUCCUCCUCUAUCUCCUCUCUAUCUAUAUCGCUCCUCUCUCUCUCUCUCUCUCUCUGAUCUAUCUCGUCUCUCUCUCGCUCUUCUCUCUCUCUCUCUCUUCCUAUCUCUCUCCUCUCUCUCUCUCUUCUCUAUUCUCUCUCUCUCUCAAUUUUCAAUUCAAUUCCAUUUGCUUUAUUGGCAUGAUGUAACAAUGUACAUAUUGCCAAAGCUUACUUUGGAUAUUUACAAUAUUAACAUAAUUAAAAUAAUCAUCAUCAAUAUUGUCAACAGGACAACAGUAACAACAAUAACCAAGGGUCAAAAUAACCAUUGAACAAAAACAAUAUAGAGGACAUGUGCAGGUUGAUUGGUCUGUCAGACACUGUCCCUCAUCUUAUGGCAGGCAGCAAUGUAGUGCGCUGCCAACCCACAGCUCUCUGAGUCCUCACCCAACAGGACGGGUAGCCUAUUCUCAUCAGAGAGGUCUUUGAAACCUUGAAAAACUGUUUCAAAUUUGGGGAAAUGACACUCUAAUUGUUUUAUAUUUUCGACAUUUUGUCAGGAAAUGGAGCUCUGUCUCAGGUUCUGCUAUGGUGCAGUGGUUGCACAGCGGUUGCACAGCCUUUCCUCUACAGGGAGCCAGGUUUUCCUGUGUCUACCCUUCUCAAUGGCAAGGCUGUACUCACUGAGCCUGUACUUUGUCAAGGUUUUUCUAAGGUUUUGAUCAGUAACCAUGGUCAAAUAGUUAGCCACGGUGUACUGUCGAUUUAGGGCCAGAUAGCACUGCAUUUUACUUUGUGCUUGUGCUUGUGUUUCCCAAUAAGCAAUGUAGUUUUGUUUUGACUGUGUUGUAAUUUGGUUUAUUCUGAUUGAUUGGAUGUUGGACCAGCUGGAUGAGGGGACUCUUUUCUUUGCUCAGCUCUUGGCAUUGCAGGGCUUGGUAAUGAUAUAAGAGGGGGUCACUGUAUUUUAGAUGUUUCCUAAACUUAAUUGCAAUUUUUUUUAUUAGUGGAUAUUGGCCUAAUUCUGCCCUGCAUGCAUUGUUUGUAGUUUUCCUCUGGAGAAUCAUACAGAACUCUGCAUGCAGGGUUUCAAUGGGGGUUUGUCCCAUUUGGUGAAAUCUUGUUUUGCAAGUGGAGCCCACACCUCGCUGCCAUAAAGUGCAAUUGGUUCAAUGACACAUUCAAUUAGUUUUUGCCAAAUUUUAAUAGGUAUUUCAAUUUGAAUUAGUUUUUUAAUGGCGUAGAGCUCUCGCUCGCUUCGCAUCUUCUCUUCUCUAUCUCUCUGCUUUAUUUCUGUUGUCUUUGUAAUCUCUCUCUGUGUGUUUAAUCUCUCUCUCUCGAUGUGUUUAAUAUCUCUCUCUUGUUUGUUUAAUAUCUCGUGUUAAUUCUAUCUGUUGUUUUAAUUGUGUUGUAAGCUCUCCUCUCUUCUAUCUCUGGUUUUAAUCUCUCUCCUCUCUUAGUUUAAUCUCUUCUUCUCUGUUUUAUAUAUCUCUUUGUGUUUUUAAUCUUUCUCUCUCUCUGUUGUUUUAAUUUCUCUCUUUAUCUCUCUUCUCUUAUGUUUUAAUCUCUCUCUAUCUGUUUUAAUUAUUUUCUAUCUAUAUUUCUCUCUUUCUAUCUCUUUCUCUAUGUGUUUUAAUCUAUUAUUCUAUCUUGUGUUUUUAAUCUAUCUAUCUUCUAUCUGUGGUUUUAAUAUCUCUCUCUUCUGUUUUAAUCUCUCUCUCUCUUGUUUUACUCUCAUCUUUCUAUAUCUUUUGUUUAAUAUCUCUUCUCUCUCUCAUUCUUUUACUAUUCUCUCUUCUCUGUUUUAAUAUCUCUAUCUAUCUCUGUUAAUCUUCUUGUGUUUAAUAUCUCUCUCUGUUUUAAUCUCUCUCUAUCUCUCGUUUUUAUAUCUCUACUCUUCUCUUAAUCUCUCUAUAUCUGUUUUAAUCAUCUCUUCUCUCUCUUGUUUUCAUCUCUAUAUCUCUCUGUUUCUAUCUAUCUUUUUAUCUCUCUCUCUAUGUUUUAAUCUCUCUCUUCUCUUUUAAUCUCUCUCUCUCUCUGUUUUAAUAUCUCUCUCUCUCUCUGGUUUUAAUAUAUUCUCUCAUCUCUCUUGUUUUAAUCUACUCCUAUCUCGUUUAAUCAUUCUUCUCUUAGUUUUAAUCUCUCUCUCUCUUGUUUUAAUCUCUCUCUCUCUGUGUUUUAAUUCUCUUCUUCUCUGUUUUAAUCUCUCUCUCUCUGUUUUAAUCUCUCUCUUUGUUUAAUUCUAUCUUUCUUUUAAUCUCUCUCUUGUGUUUUAAUAUCUAUCUCUCUUUGUUUAAUUCUCUCUUCUUUUAUAAUCUAUCUCUCUCUGUUUUAAUCUCUUCUCUCUCUGUUUAAUCUUCUCUCUGUUUAAUCUUCUACUCUGGUGUUUUAUAUCUCUCUACUCUCUCUGUUUUAAUCUCUCCUAACUCUCUAUGUUUUAAUUCUCUCUCUCUGUUUUAAUCUCUCUCUAUCUCUGUUUUAAUCUCUCUCUCUUCUUGUUUUAAAUCUCUCUCUCUCUGUUUUAAUCUCUCUCUCUCUGUUUUAAUCUCUCUCUCUCUUGUUUUAAUCUCUCUCUCUUCUGUUUUAAUCUCUCUCUCUCUCUGUUUUAAUCUCUCUCUCUCUGUGUUUUAAUAUCUUCUCUCUGUUUUAAUCUCUCUCUCUCUCUGUUUUAAUCUCUCUCUCUCUGUUUUAAUCUCUCUCUCUCUCUGUUUUAAUCUCUCUCUCUCUGUGUUUUAUAUCUCUCUCUCUGUUUUAAUCUCUCUCUCUCUCUGUUUUAAUAUCUCUCUCUCUCUGUUUUAAUCUCUCUCUCUCUGUGUUUUAAUCUCUCUCUUUUUCUCUCUCUGUGUUUUUUUCCCUCCUUUUACUCUUUCCUUGUUCAAACUUGUCUUCAGUAGGAUAUAUCUCUCAUUUUCUCUCUCUCUUUGUCUUUCUAACUCUGUCUUCAUUUUCUCCUUAACUCUCCUUUUGAGUUGGCUACUCUUUUUCUUUCUUGUGGUAGCGAGACGGUAAAGCGCAGCUUGUCACUAAGCUAUGAUCAUGACAUGGAAUACUGUUGUGAAAUAAGACCAUCUAAAUGUGUCCACUGCUUCAUUGUGGUAUGAUUGUGAUUCAAGUUAAUAGACACACUUUCAUAACAAAUUGUAUUGGUCGCAUACACAUAUUUAGCAGACGUUAUUGCGGGUGUAGCGAAAUGCUUGUGUUGCAAGCUCCAACCGUGCAGUAGUAUCUAACAAUACACAAAUCUAAAAGUAAAAGGAUGGAAUUAAGAAAUAUAUAAAUAUUAGGACGAGCAAUGUCAGAGUCUGGAGUCUUCUCUCUGCCUCACUUCUUGUCAUAGUAAUUUGUUAUGAUGGAUUCUGUAACAUUCCGUUCCUCUUUAAUUUGUCUCGUCUUUCUAAUCAGGCACUAACGGGGGUUACCGCGAGGAGCCCAUAGACCACAGGCUGACAGACAGAGAGUGGGCUGAUGAGUGGAGACAUCUGGAUCAUGUAAGUAUUGCUGCUAACAGCAGCCGUCGCUGCCGACCACUGGCACUACUAGUGCUAUAGCAGCUCUUAAUGCCUGGCGGAGCCAUCGAGGCUUUGUCAGACUUGGUGUCCCGUUCACAGUGGCAGACUUUUGUUUAAAGCCAUUUGCUGUCAACAUCAGAGAGCCAUGCAUUGCACUGUGUGGCGAUUGACUGCCCAAAGCAGGAGUCCUACCCAAUGAAAUGAAGCCAUGAUAUACACUGAGUGUACAAAACAUUAUGAACACCUGCUCUUUCCAUGAUAGACUGACCAGGUGAAUCCAGGUGAAAGCUAUGAUCCGAUGUUGAUGUCACUUGUUAAAUCCACUUCAAUCAGUGUAGAUGAAGGGGAGGAGACAGGUUAAAGGAGGAUUUUUAAGCCUUGAGAUAAUUGAGAAAUGGAUUGUGUAUGUGUGCCAUUCAAAGGGUGAAUGGGCAAGACAAAGGAUUUAAGUGCCUCUGAACAGGGUAUGGUAGUAGGUGCCAGGCACACCGGUUUGUGUCAAGAACUGCAACGCUGUGGGUUUUUCACGCUCAACAGUUUCCCAUGUGUAUCAAGAAUGGUCCACCACCCAAACGACAUCCAGCCAACUUGACACAACUGUGAACAUGGGCCUGCAUCCCUGUGGAACACUUUUGACACCUUGUAGAGUCCAUGAUGAAUUGAGGCUGUUCUGAGGGCUAAAGGGGGAUGCAAAUCAAUAUUAGGAAAGUGUUCUUAGUGUUUUGUACACUCAGUGUAUACACAUACUAUAUAUAUAUAUAUAUAUAUAUAUAUAUAUAUAUAUAUAUAUAUACAUACAGUGGGGGUAAAAAGUAUUUAGUCAGCCACCAAUUGUGCAAGUUCUCCCACUUAAAAAGAUGAGAGAGGCCUGUAAUUUUCAUCAUAGGUACACGUCAAUUAUGACAGCAAAUUGAGAGAAAAAAAAUCCAGAAAAUCACAUUGUAGGAUUUUUAAUGAAUUUAUUUGCAAAUUAUGGUGGAAAAUAAGUAUUUGGUCACCUACAAACAAGCAAGAUUUCUGGCUCUCACAGACCUGUAACUUCUUCUUUAAGAGGCUCCUCUGUCCUCCACUCGUUACCUGUGUCAAUGGCACCUGUUUGAACUUGUUAUCAGUAUAAAAGACACCUGUCCACAACCUCAAACAGUCACACUCCAAACUCUACUGUGGCCAAGACCAAAGAGCUGUCAAAGGACACCAGAAACAAAAUUGUAGACCUGCACCAGGCUGGGAAGACUGAAUCUGCAAUAGGUAAGCAGCUUGGUUUGAAGAAAUCAACUGUGGGAGCAAUUAUUAGGAAAUGGAAGACAUACAAGACCACUGAUAAUCUCCCUCGAUCUGGGGCUCCACGCAAGAUCUCACCCCGUGGGGUCAAAAUGAUCACAAGAACGGUGAGCAAAAAUCCCAGAACCACACGGGGGGACCUAGUGAAUGACCUGCAGAGAGCUGGUACCAAAGUAACAAAGCCUACCAUCAGUAACACACUACGCCGCCAGGGACUCAAAUCCUGCAGUGCCAGACGUGUCCCCCUGCUUAAGCCAGUACAUGUCCAGGCCCAUCUGAAGUUUGCUAGAGUGCAUUUGGAUGAUCCAGAAGAGGAUUGGGAGAAUGUCAUAUGGUCAGAUGAAACCAAAAUAGAACUUUUUGGUAAAAACUCAACUCGUCGUGUUUGGAGGACAAAGAAUGCUGAGUUGCAUCCAAAGAACACCAUACCUACUGUGAAGCAUGGGGGUGGAAACAUCAUGCUUUGGGGCUGUUUUUCUGCAAAGGGACCAGGACGACUGAUCCGUGUAAAGGAAAGAAUGAAUGGGCCCAUGUAUCGUGAGAUUUUGAGUGAAAACCUCCUUCCAUCAGCAAGGGCAUUGAAGUUGAAAUGUGGCUGGGUCUUUCAGCAUGACAAUGAUCCCAAACACACCGCCCGGGCAACGAAGGAGUGGCUUCGUAAGAAGCAUUUCAAGGUCCUGGAGUGGCCUAGCCAGUCUCCAGAUCUCAACCCCAUAGAAAAUCUUUGGAGGGAGUUGAAAGUCCGUGUUGCCCAGCGACAGCCCCAAAACAUCACUGCUCUAGAGGAGAUCUGCAUGGAGGAAUGGGCCAAAAUACCAGCAACAGUGUGUGAAAACCUUGUGAAGACUUACAGAAAACGUUUGACCUGUGUCAUUGCCAACAAAGGGUAUAUAACAAAGUAUUGAGAAACUUUUGUUAUUGACCAAAUACUUAUUUUCCACCAUAAUUUGCAAAUAAAUUCAUAAAAAAUCCUACAAUGUGAUUUUCUGGAUUUUAUUUUCUCAUUUUGUCUGUCAUAGUUGACGUGUACCUAUGAUGAAAAUUACAGGCCUCUCUCAUCUUUUUAAGUGGGAGAACUUGCACAAUUGGUGGCUGACUAAAUACUUUUUUUCCCCACUGUAUAUAAACAUUUGCUUUACAGUGGCUUGCGAAAGUAUUCACCCACCUUGGCAUUUUUCCUAUUUUGUUGCCUUACAACCUGGAAUUAAAAUGGAUUGUUUUGUAUCAUUAGAUUUACACAACGUGAAGAUGCAAAAUAUUUUUUAUUGUGAAACAAACAAGAAAACAGAAAACUUGAGCGUGCAUAACUAUUCACCCCCCCCCCCCCCCCCCCCAAAGUCAAUACUUUGUAGAGCCACCUUUUGCAGCAAUUACAGCUGCAAGUCUCUUGGGGUAUGUCUCUAUAAGCUUGGCACAUUUAGCCACUGGGAUUUUUGCCCAUUCUUCAAGGAAAAACUGCUCCAGCUCCUUCAAGUUGGAUGGGUUCCGCUGAUGUACAGCAAUCUUUAAGUCAUACCACAGAUUCUCAAUUGGAUUGAGGUCUGGGCUUUGACUAGGCCAUUCCAAGACAUGUAAAUGUUUCCCCUUAAACCACUCGAGUGUUGCUUUACCAGUAUGCUUAGGGUCAUUGUCCUGCUGGAAGGUGAACCUCCGUCCCAGUCUCAAAUCUCUAGAAAACUGAAACUGUAUUUAGCGCCAUCCAUCAUUCCUUCAAUUCUGACCAGUUUCCCAGUCCCUGCCAAUGAAAAACAUCCCCACAGCAUGAUGCUGCCACCACCAUGCUUCACUGUGGGGAUGGUGUUUACAUUUAAAUUUUAGUCAUUUAUCAGACGCUCUUAUCCAGAGCGACUUACAGUUAGUGAGUGCAUACAUUUUCAUACUGGCCCCCCGUGGGAAACGAACCCACAACCCUGGCGUUGCAAGCGCCAUGCUCUACCAACUGAGCUACACGGGAUGAGGAGCGGUGUUGGGUUUGCGCCAGACAGAGCGUUUUCCUUGAUGGCCAAAAAGCUCAAUUUUAGUCUCAUCUGACCAGAGUACCUUUUUUUCUGGCCACUCUUCCAUAAAGCCCAUCUCUAUGGAGUGUAUGGCUUAAAGUGGUCCUAUUUCUGGCCAUGCAUGUAUCUGCAGAAAUAGGCUAUAAAUAUUCAUAUUUAGUUGCACGGUAACUGAGCAGUUUUAAAAGGAAAAACAAUUAAGAAUUAUAAUUGAACUUCCUAUAAAUGUAUCCUCUUCUCUCUCUCCCUCCCGUCUCCUAGGUGUUGAACUGCAUUGUUGAGAUGGUGGAGAAGACGCGGCGUUCGGUGGCUGUGCUGCGGCGCUGUCAGGAGUCGGACCGCGAGGAGCUCAACUACUGGCGGCAGCGCUCCAGCGAGCAGGAAGACCCCCGCAAAGGAGGGGCCGCCGCCGCCGUGCCCGCCCCCUUCUCCAAGACCCGCAGCCCCCACACAGCAACGGUGCCCGCCCCCUUCUCCAAGACCCGCAGCCCCCACACAACCGAGGGACUCAGCAGUGGUGGGUAGUCUUUUAUCUUUACAUUAUAACUAGCUAACUCUUAUGAUAUCAAACUAUGGAUGAGAAGUUAAGUUCAUUUCUCACCUUAGUAUUUGUCCUUUAAUGAUUGAAUACAUUAUAUAGAUUUGUUGAUCAGGUGUGUAUCUUGUCAUAUGUGAGUCCUGUCGAAUCAAUCAAGGGAUAAGUGAUAACAGUUAGUAGUCCCCUUGAUGGUGAGCUGCUGAACUGAAGCAACUGCCACCAGCUACUGAGCGCCCACAGUCACCAUAUAGGCUGCCCUCUUGUGUUCAUCUGCAGAACUACACCCAUCAACACUACUACUGAGACGUUUAGAUCCUAUACAUACAGGUCGCUUCCCAAAUGGUGCCCUAUUCCCUAUGAAGUGCAAUACGUUUGACAGGGUUCCAUAGGGCUCUGGUCAAAAGUAGUGCAACUAUGUUGGGAAUAGGGUGCCAUUUGGGACGCAGACACAGUCUUGCUGGCAGUGUUUAUCUCUCAGCGCUUGUCUGCUCGUCUCUCCGGGGCCAAUGCUGCCCCGUGGCCCCCAGACAUGGUGCCAGCGCUGCCCCGUCCAGAUUGGCCACAGAAGGUCCUGGCAGUGCCAGUCUGCCAUCCUGUAAGACCCAGAUCUGGCUGCCCCACCGCCUGGCCAGAGCGCCAUCUGUGUGCCUGGACACAGUGUACACAGCCCAAACGCAGCCUGGGCACCACAGAAAUUGGGCAUGGGCAUAGGAGCAGUACAGAGAGAGAACAGACAGAAUGUAGCUACAGCUUGGUUGUCGGCCCCUCUGUGCUAGCCAUUGUACUCACUAUUCAAGCUGCCCGGCUAUUCAGUUCAGCUGGACAACUGGGAAAGGUUUAAUUUGGUGUGGCUAGCUAUUGAGGGAGAUUGUGUAUCUUACGUAAAUAGAGGAUGAUGCUGCUGCACAUGAUGCUAAUCUCAUUCACUCUCUUCUCUCUCUCUUCUCUCUCUCUCUUCUCUCUCUCUUAUCUCUCUCUUAUCUCUCUCUUCUCUUUCUCUUCUCUCCCUCUCACUCUCUUCUUUCCAUGUCACAGAAUCGCAGAGAGACUUUGCGCCGCGACCAGGCUCGGGCUACGUGCCUGAUGAGAUCUGGAGAAAAGCUGGUAAGGCCUUGUACAACAGUGGUGUCUGUGCCUGUGUGUGUCUGUGUGUGUCUGUGUUUGUGUGUCUGCCCUCCUCCUCCCCCUCUCUCUCUAUCUCUCAUUAAAAAAACAUUAUUUAAAAAAUUUUAUGUAAAGAUCUCUUACAAAGUGUGUACUAUAACCUGAACAUACCACAACAAUAUAACCCUGACAGAGGAGGCGGUGAACGAGGUGAAGCGUCAGGCCAUGGACGAGGUCCAGAAAGCAGUGGCCGAGGCGGAGCACAAGGCCUUUGAGAUGAUCGCGUCCGAGCGGGCCAAGAUGGAGAAGACACUGUCCGAGGCCAAGAGGAAGGCCACCGAGGACGCCAUCCAGGUCAUCAACGAGCAGGAAGACUCCAGCGAGGUAUGGAGGAUAUAUUAGUACAUGACUGUAUACACACAUACUGUGAAGUGAGAGUCAUAGUGAUGGGGACACACACACACACACUCUUCUCCUCCUAUUAGUGAACUUAACUCUCUCCCCCUGCUCAUGUUUACACUACACAUACACAGCCGUGCAUAGCUGUAGUAUAUUAUUGAUCUCCACUAAACUCUCCAUCUCCCUCUCUCUCUCCUCCUCAGUGUUGCUGGAACUGUGGACGCAAGGCCAGCGAGACGUGCAGCGGCUGCAAUGCGGCGCGUUACUGCGGCUCCUUCUGCCAGCACAAGGACUGGGAGCGCCACCACCUCAUCUGCAGCCCCGGCCUGCAGACCCAGCCCAAGCCCGUGUCCGCCAUCACCGCAGCCAGGGCCGCUGCAGCCGCCGCCGCUGUUACCGCAGGAGCCAAGGCCCCCGAGGGCGUACCAACCGCUGCCAGCCCCGGGGGGGAGAAGGGGUCGGUCCCCUCUCGUUCCUCCACUCCGUCCACUCCCACAGUGCUAGAGACCAAUGGGCAGUAGGAACUAGGACUAGGACUAGUGAUACUGGCUCUCACUCAAGAUGGCCUCCAUUCCCAUUUUCCUUCCAUUCUGUUGUUCCUGACUGUUCAUAAUGGACACCAGGACCGUAUGCCCCAAAAUGGCUUCCUUUCUUUGUUUCCUGUUCCUCUCGAACUGCUGACCGGUGAAAGGUGCUGGUUUCCAUUGUUCCAUCGUUUGGCUGUCACCCGUCGGGUAUCUUUAGGUUAGCGGUUGGCUAUUUAGGUUCUAAAGGUAUCUUUAGGUUAGCGGUUGGCUAUUUAGGUUCUAAAGGUAUCUUUAGGUUAGCGGUUGCGAGGGAGAGGAGAGGAGGGAAGGAAGCUGUUUUGAAGACUUGACACCGACCUUAAUUUAGCCAAGGAAGUGACGUCAUGUCAUGGACAGGAAAUGAGUGAACGGAGGAGGAAAUUAGGUCAUUGAUGUCACCAGUCAUGUCACACACAGAAAGAGGACAAAUGGGGAACGGUUUGCUUUGGUAAUGGUGGGCAGAAGACAGACAGACUCAUCUGCUUUGGGACUUGGAGGAUCCAUCUUCAACAUUUGGACAAACAGACAAUCCACCCGACAGAUGGACACUUGUUUCACUUCAUCCAAAAUCUCAAUCCCUGAGACAACUGAGGACCGACUUCAGACCAAGCUUCUUUUUGUUUUUAAGGGGACCAUGGGGGGGUGUAUGAGAUUUGGAAUGGUCCUUUAUACCCACUUGGGUGAGUGAUGGACGAAGUACUCUCUGCAUAUUUCCUAGUUUACCAUUGUGUAUAUAAAGCUAAGAGCAAAGAGGGUUAUGGGUCGGUGUUGACAGUGUAAUAAACAGUACCAUCUCUACAGAAAAGAGGGUUAUGGGUCGGUGUUGACAGUGUCAUAAACAGUACCAGCUCUAGAGCAUCUCAUGUCUGGAAAUACAUUUUGGAGGUGACAUGAUAGCGAAGUCACCUCCGCAAUCCUGUUUGUAUAGCUCUCCUACUUUUCUUGCUCGCACAAGUUAUUCGUCAGGUUCCUUUUUGAGUGUGCGUAUGUACGCUUCUGUCAAAACGGUCGUUCCAUCGGUCGAUAUUGUAAAAUAAAGAAUUAUGACUCAUUUCAGAGCAAUAUACAAAUACUAAGUGUUGAGGUAUUCACAAGCUGUUAUGCAUCACCAAAGUUUUCAAACGCUAAAUGAGUGUGUCACUGCCUGUAACUGACUGCUGUUGUUACACAGAAUAAAUAUACAGAAACACUUGUUUUGUUCUAUGAUGCGUAUCUCAUCUAUCUUCAUGAUCAGCCAUCCAUCCACACCCAGAGUUACACAAUACAAAUGGCAGAGAGUAAGAUGGUGGAAAGAUUCAAAUGCAAAACAACAAAGUUCUACAGACUUUCAGACAUUUGCAGUUUUCUCCCACAGUCAUUGUUAAACCUCACGUUACCAGUUGUACAAUUCUGGGCCAGUUUACUUUAGAGCUAACAUCGCUGUGAGGUUUGCACUGGUUUUCCAUCAGGAAUAAAAUACUGUAUUAUUAGUUACAGUAAAAUCUAAUCAAAUGCAACUAUGCAAUUGUAUUUCCAUGUGGCUCAGUUGAUAGAGCAUGGUGUUUGCAACACC